AUGAACCUUCGCUCGUUUCUUCUGGGGAGCGUGGUCGCUCUGGGCGCCAAGGCCUUCUUGGUGGUCCCAGACGUGGAGGUAGAUGCCAUCGCCACCCCGGAUGAAGGCGCCUUCUCCGACCUGCAGCCCUUCGACGCCCACGUUUCCCAGCGGCAGAACGUCGAUCUUCUAUGUUCAGAGUGUCCCUUCCGCGAAGUCGGUCGCCAUGGAAAGGUCCACUGGACCGACGGUUAUCAGACGUCCUUGUUGUUGAACUUCUCCAUCGACAACGGCUUCCUGUUGGCAAACGGCCAUCAGAUCUUCCCGCCGCCCCCUCCUACUCUUAUCACCGCGAAGCAGCGUCGCCUGACCGAUGGCGAAGAGUCGGAGCCUAUUCCAUUGGGAUAUGCCGUCGAAAUGACCCCCUUGCCAUCCCCGCCGGAAGAACCCUUGGAUAUGGUUGAUGUUCGCUUCACUGUCCUUGACCUCGAUGGCCAUCCCGUCCCCCUCGAUACUGUCGCCAUCAGCCUCAUCCAUGACAUGAACGGCAACCUUUACAUGGCCAAGACCUAUAUCGAGGAGACCACCCCGGAUCGCAUCUCGUGGAAGCAGUGUCGUGGAAAGCCUCGCUGCUUGCGGAGACUGUUGUUCGACCGUAUGCGCGCCCUAUUCGCCGCCGCCAAAGCACGCAUGCUCGGACUGGGCCGCAAGCCAUCGGGCUGUGGCGGCCGUCCGCACCACCCCCCUCACCCGGACGGUUUCGCUCCGGAUCGGAUGUCACCUGAAGAUAUGGACCGCAUGUGGAGACACACUUUUGCCCGCAUGGUCCGCUUCAUUGUUGUUCCGGCCAUCCUGGGGGUGUCUGCUGGCUUGACUGCCAGCGCUCUGGGCAUGCUGGUUGGUCAGACGCUCGUCUAUCUCUGGCAACGCUACCGUCGAUCUGACCGUCAGGAGUCGGUCGAGCGUGGCGAUGACUCGGAGAAGGAGGCUUUGAUCGCGGACGAUGCGGAGGAUCUGCCUCCUGCGUACAAUGACGACGAGUUCCACAUCGAGGAGCUCCCCGCAGAUAAGAACUAG